AUGCUGAAGAUCGCGGCAUUGGCUGUGAGAGCCUUUCUGCUCCUCUUCGGAGCAGUUGUCCUAGGUCUCUCGGUCACCCUCGCAAAACAACAAAAGGUCGGCUCGCCUCCCUCGGAAACUUCGUUCGGCAGCUUCGUAGGCGCAUUUGGCGUCCUGAUCUCCCUCAUUGGCUUUGGAGCGUUCUUCAUCGAGAAGAUUCCCGCCUUUAUAGUGAUGGCUGCGGACGGUCUCGCGACAGCUCUCUAUCUCGCUGGCGCUAUUGCUCUGACUGUUGCGCUGAAGCCUGUACCUAGUUGUACAUCUGACGAUGAUGAGGCCCGCUACCAGCGGUUCGAGAAUAAACUCUUAAAUGGCGGGUGUCAGGAUGUCGCAGGGAAUCAGAUCUGUCCGGGGAUUCCUGACCAGAGCGUGUUGAAUGGUCGCUGCCAGCGAGUCCAGGCCGACUAUGUAUUCGAAUACUUGGCCUUCAUCUUCGGUGUCGCUAUCAUUGCUUUAAGUUUCGUCCAUCACAGGAGUGGAGGUAGCAGAAGCGCCGCAUAUGUUUGA